AUGGCGUUCCGAGCCACCACGCAGGCCUGUGAGGUAUGCCGUCGCCGCAAAGUUAAGGUAAGCGAUGCCGAUCUGGGCUUCCCAAAGGAAACGGUGGAACUAGGUCUUUUGUUUCUCUUUGUUUUAUGUGCCCCGUUUACUGACCAGAGUAUUUCCAAGUGUGACGGCUUACCGACCUGCACCAACUGCCAGCUCGCAGAGGAAUCUUGCCAUUACCCACCCCCGAAGAAACGGGGUCCGAAGACUGCCCAGUGCCAGGAAGUUGCCCCAAGGGGACCUCUAAACUCACCAUCUACGGCCACAGAUAUCUCUACAGAUGUCCCUGGAGGAACGGAAGUUGGGGAAGCUACGGCUGCAACGAUUACAUACUCUUGUCUAGCUCCCAGCAGUCCCGCGUCCUACACCACGAGGACAAAUGCUCUGCUUGCAUCUCCAGAAAUUCAAAUAGAGAGUGCUAUCAGAGUUCAUCUAGACUUCCUGGUGGCGCUGCAUGCAGUGACUCUCUCCGAGACACCGCUCUCAAUUGCAAAUCACUGCAUCCUGCUGUACACCCAGUAUGUUUUCGGGUCUGUUCCAAUGUGCCAGGAGGCCAAUCUCCGAGCGACCGCUCAACGGUUCUUUGUCUUGCCCUCGACCAUAGAUGACUCGGCACAAAAUCGAGCCUGGGCCUUUCACUGUCUUGAGGCUGGGCGCAGCGAGACGGAGCAUGUCAAGGCCCUCCGAAACCUCACCCUUCUCACUGCCCUAUGCGCAGCUGUAACAUACGUUGUGCCCGAAUCCCUUCUACCACACAAGAGCCUAGCAGCCCCUCUAUUUCUCCGCACAUCACGAAGCAUGCUGAGCGUCUAUGAGGACUAUGAUCUCGAGCACCCAGACUCCUCAUCGCUCACCAUCCGGAUGUUCCUGUCGUCGGCCAUACAGAUCGCUACAGGGAGCCGCGGAGUAGCGUUCCAUAUACUAAACGAAGCCUGUAUUAUCGCAAUGAGAAUGCAUCUCUAUGAUGAGAGCGCACUCGAAGGGAAGGAUCCUGUCGAGGAGACCAUCCUUCGAAAUGCGUUUUGGCAGCUGUAUGUUUGCGACAAGACAGCCCUAGUGGUAAAGGACCGCCCGGUAACGAUCCAUGAACCAUUGUUCGAGGGUGAACUGAGUCUCCAGAUCCGGUCGCAACACCCCGUGUCACUUUUCGACUACGGCCAGAACACUGACAAUAACAAUGCCGGGUUCGAAGACUGUCUUUUGAACGGAUUCCACGUCAUACGCCGCUUGUGGACAAUGGCUGCUCGGUUGAUCCAAUCCGUCGAGUCAACCCGUGAGAGGUCGUGGGACACAUAUCCUCAUCCAAGGGAUUCUAGCCACAGGGCCGCGCAGCUGUCAGAAGCAUACUUCGAGAUGAUCACUUUGGCCAAUGAUCCGCCUCCCGGGGCUAACUCGGCCAAGGAUUCACCCCCCAGUUCUGGCCCAGCGAUGCCCAAGCACCUGUCUGAUAUCUUGUACCGGCAACGGACCAGUUACCUUGUCAGUCUGCACACCAUAAAGGUCCUUGUUCUGAGCUCGUUGAUUGAAAGUAACAUGACCGAGAUCAUAGGUCUCAGCGCGGACCCCCUGACGCUUGCCAUGCGACAGGUUGAGCAAGCCCAAGACUUCUUAAAUGUCCUUGAGAGCGUUCCGUUUCUCCAUCUUCAGGUGGAGGGCGAGCAGUGCGUAAGUUGCUCCCACCCGAGGCAGAGAGAAUUUGCAAUCUGUUCCUCUUGCAGACGUUCGUUCACACGCGCUUACACAUGAUCCGUUGUAAUAGGUUGAGAAGAUUAGACGAGUUGGCAUCUUGCUGCUUAAACUAGAAAGUAGCACAAAUAACAGCAUGGUUGGAUUUAGGGCGAACCAAUGCGCCAU